AUGGAUAACGUACAUGAAAUAAAGAAGAAUGGGGAUGACGACGAUUGUACAAAGAUUAUGUUAAUUUCUAACAAGGGUGGUUGUUAUGAGGUAGACAGAAAAACUUUUCUCCAGGCCAGCAGUUAUUUUCAGGCAUUGGUGAACAGCGGUAUGAGGGAUGCACAUUCCAAAAAACUAACAUUCGAGUGUCUGUCGGAUGCUUGUUUGGAAGAAGUAAGCAGAUUUUUGUCAAAGUUAAAAGAUAACGACAACAGACUAGAAGACUUGGCGAAAGAUAUCAGACCUCUGAUGCAUAUAGAAAGCGGUUUAGAGGUUUCAUUCUACUUACAAAUUACCUUCAUGAUUGACAUGUAUCGAAACUAUGUGUUAAAGAACUUGAACAAAUCAACGUUUAUACGCAUAUUGGAGCUCGCUGACAUGUAUUGCUGGCCUGAAGUGACUGAUAACGCAUUUAAUUUUAUCUUCGAUAAUCUGCAAAAUAUUAUGAAGAAAUCCGAAAUGUUAAAGCUAACAUCAGACGAUAUGUUACGCUUGGUUAAAUCAGAUUUAGUUAAUGUACCCAGUGAGUAUGAAUUGUUUAAAUUGGUAGUAGAGUGGAUUUUAGUUGAUGUACCAAGAAGAAAGUGGACAGAAGAAUUGCUAAACAAAAUAAACUUCAAUUUGAUGACAAUUAUAGAAAAACAAGAAGGUUAUAACAUUCUUAGUGAGCUCCAACUGAAUGUUCAACCACGUGGAUGUGAUUCCAACCAUUCACGAACCGUUGGCACGUUGUUUGCUUUUGGGGAACCCACCACCAUCAAAAGAAAACGUAAGAAUCAAUUGUUUCAUACACUGUCUGUCUACGAUUUUUUCAAGGCAUCGAACGACAAAAACAAAACAACAACAGCUGCCAAAUUCAAGAAUGGCGGUGUAGUAGCACCACUUCAUUAUUAUAAACAUUACAAAUCAUGUGUGGCUGACAACCGUUUGUAUAUAGCUGGUGGAUAUUUAACGAAUAGUUUUCGUAUCUAUAAAAAAAGAACUUUCGUCUAUGAUCCAGUCAGUCGUGAGUGGUCACAGGUGUCUGACAUGCAUGUCGGAAGAGUCAAAUUCUACUUUGGUGCAGUGGAUGGGAUUUUGUAUGCAGUUGCUGGCUUUAGCUCAAACCCAACUCGAAGCGUUGAAAAGUUUGUUCCAUGCGAAAAUAGAUGGUACGAGUUGGCACCUCUGCCUACUGCUGCUCAUAACUUAGCAGGAACCGUGUGUAAUAGUAAAAUUUAUGUCUGCGGGGGGCGCAACAAUGUUUCUUGGUCACUAGACCUGCUGUGGCAGUAUGAUCCCAUUCGAAACAAAUGGUACAAAAAGUCUCCAAUGCUGACAGCACGUUUCGACCACGUCAUGACCAGCAUAGGAAAUAAGGUUUUCGUCGUGGGAGGAAUAAUUUGUCACGCGGAUGAUGUAGAAUCUAUUCGCUACGAAGAAGCGAUGGAUAUGGAAGCGUACGACUGUCUAACCGACCAGUGGACGUCUGUCUUGCAAUUGAAAAGAUGUAUUAUAAAUUUUCCAUCCAUCACCAUCAACAACUCACUCUACACGUUCGAUGAUUAUAGUUAUCGUCAUUGCAAGAAGAUUAAUUACAUUGAUGUUCAAAAACUGAACCUGAGCAAGUAUCUGGAUGACGAUGAUGCCAAUAAGAACCUGAAUGGCAUUGUUGGAGAUUGGAGUAGCACUGAUAAGGAAAAUAUUUCUCCCCGUGAUGACGUCGAUAAUGUGGGCGAAGACGGUUAUAAUAUUGAGGAUGACAUUGAAACUAUUGAUGAAAACCUUCGGGAUUAUUUUGAUAGCAUUGAUUAUAUGGAUUCUGAGGGCCGUUUUAUUGAUUUGCACAACACCAACCCUGUUGGUGAUGAUAAAGAUGAUCAUGGUACGGAUGAAAAUGAAGAUUCAAACUCUGAAGAUGGUGAAGAAUUUGAUUUCAAUGAAAUCAAUCAGGAGAGUAAAGAUUAUCAAAUUUAUAGAUAUAAAACUAAAAAUUCACACGGUUUCCACUGCGUUGGCAUCUUGAACUUCCCGACAAAUGUUCAAGAUAAUAAUUAAAGUUGUUGGGUAGCAUUGUGAUUGAUAAGUAUUGUUAACAGUUUGUUUAUUUUAUUUUCACAAAUAAUUUAUUUAUAUUAAUUGAAAAAUAUUUUUACUCUCGGUAUUAAAAUGUGUUUUUUUGUCA